CUGAGGUGGUUCAGCCGGUCUGCUGGCCUCUUCCCGAAUCACCACCAACAGCAUCCGAGCGCCUACUGCUUUAGGCAGGUAUCUGGGGGAUUGGACCAAUCACACCGGGUGUCCGGCAGUUCAAGAGGGGCCAAGGCCAAGGGCCACAGAUCAGCUCCCAGCAGGGGCUGUCUUCGUGUGUGGGACAGGGGGGAUUCCUCGUGCCUGUCUGUGUCUCAGACGGUUUGUGUUGCCUUUCCCUCCGCCGACACGAUGAUGCGCGUCACCGAUGUCUUAGCGCAGAUGCUGGAUCCCCGGUGAGGGACCGUCCGAAGUAAUUUGUUUAUUAUUCCUCGUUGCCCAUGCCCACCGGUUGUCCCCACGCCACCGCAAGUGGAAGUUAUAUUGGUUGGGUGUUUUAUUUAUCACUUGUCCGCGAUAUUUGCUGUUCACUAUUAGUACGUAAUUCGUGCCAUGCGUUCCCUCUCUCUCGGCGGGAGUGCUGCCGCGGCUCUCCUCGUCGGUCUGUCGGCGGCAGCGCCUUACAAGCCCCACGGGCCUCAGGGGCCGCGCUACAUCGUCAACCAGGAGCGUGCCGACGCAGUCAAGGAGGCUUUCCAGGUGUCGUGGGACGGGUAUUACAAACAUGCGUUUCCCCACGACUCGCUGCGGCCGGUGACGAACGAGCACGAGGAUGACAGAAACGGAUGGGGAGCGAGUGCCGUCGACGCCUUCAGCACCGCACUGGUCAUGGAGAAGUGGGAUGUGAUCAACCAGAUACUGGAGUAUAUCCCGAAGAUCAACUUUGACAAAACGGAAACCGAGGUGUCCUUGUUCGAGACGACGAUUCGGUACCUCGGAGGGCUCGUGUCUGCUUUCGAUCUUAUCACCGGCCCGCUGCGCGACAGCAUCGACCAAACCCCGGACGUGGAAGCUGUGCUGAGCCAGGCAAAACGGCUGGCCGACAACCUCAAGGUCGGCUUCGACACGCCCAGCGGCGUCCCGGACAACAACCUCUACUUCAACCCACCACGCAGGAAGGGCUCGACCACCAACAGCAUCGCCACCAUCGGCACGCUAGUCCUCGAGUGGACGCGCCUCAGCGACCUGACCAACGACACCGAGUAUGCCGAGCUGGCACAGAACGCCGAGUCCUACCUGCUGGAUCCGCAGCCCGCGCUGGGCGAGCCGUUCCCGGGGCUGCUGGGCACCAACGUGCGGCUCGAGGACGGGGAGUUUGUCGACAGCAACGGCGGCUGGGGCGGCGGCACCGACAGCUUCUACGAGUACCUCAUCAAGAUGUACCUGUACGACCCGGAGCGCUUCCCCGAGUACCGCGACCGCUGGAUCGCCGCCGCCGACUCGUCCAUCGAGCACCUCGUCUCGCAUCCGACCACCCGGCCCGAGCUGACCUUCCUCGCUAUGUGGCGAGGCAAGGAGCUGCGCUUCGUCUCCCAACACUUGGCCUGUUUCAACGGCGGCAACUUCAUCCUCGGCGGGCUGACGCUCAACGAGCCCGCCUACACCGAGUUCGGGCUGGCGCUAGUCAACGGCUGCCACGAGACCUACACGGGCACGGCAACGGGGAUCGGGCCGGAGUCGUUUGCGUGGCAGGACACGGCGCGGCCGCUCAACGCGUCCAACAACCCGCCGGCGCCGCGCGACCAGGCGGCCUUCUACGACGACGCGGGCUUCUGGAUCACUAGUGGAAGCUAUGUUCUCAGGCCAGAGGUGAUUGAGAGCUAUUACUAUGCGUAUCGCGCGACGGGGGAUGUGAAGUAUCAGGAGUGGGCGUGGGAUGCGUUUGAGAGGGUCAAUGAGACGUGUCGGGUGGGGAGUGGCUAUUCGAGUAUCAAGGAUGUGAAUCAGCCGGAUGGGGGCGGGUUUCAUAACUUUCAGGAGAGUUUUUGGUUUGCUGAGGUGUUGAAGUAUAGCUAUUUGAUUCAUGCUGAGGAUGCUCCCUGGCAGGUCAAGGCGGACCAUACCAAUGAGUUUGUAUUCAACACUGAGGCGCAUCCGGUGCGGGUGGCGGCCGGGCGGGAAACGUUGAAGAGAUAGUGUCACGACAUGAACGUUCGGCAGGGGCGCUGUAGGUGUCUUGCUCGGAAACGAGAUUUAAAGGUUAUGUCAAGGCGGUAAUAAUCGACAUUGUUUAAUGGCCAUG